AUGCCAUACUUUGCACCCACGACCGUCUUACCCGCAAAGUUGCCGAGCACGGCCGAGAUCGAAUCCGCGCGGGAGAUACUGACCGAACGCACGGCCGCCAAGGUCGUCGCUCUGGGCCCACACUUUGUUGCCAAGUACGGCAGGGGAAUUGACCUGGAAGAAGGGCAGACCAUGAUCUUUGUCAAGCAACGCGCCCAAGUCCCCGUCCCCGCCGUGUACGCCCUCUACCAUGACGAGGGCAAGAACUUUAUCAUCAUGGAGCGGAUCCACGGGCAGACGAUGGAGGAGAGAUGGACAACGCUCACGAGUGCGGAGAAGAACCUGGUGGCGACCCAGCUCAAGGAAUGCCUGCGGCGAAUGCGCUCGGUCAAGCCGAUGAACGGAUAUAGCAGUCUGAACCAGAAGCCGCUGCGAGAUUCUCUGUUCUUGACGUACACGGGGGAAGGGUCGCUGAAGUAUCACUACGAGGGCCCGUUCAAGACCGAGUCGGAUCUCAAUGACGCAAUCAUCAGGAAAUGCAAGGCGUCCGAGGCGAUGAGGGGCAAAGCCAUGUUCUACCAGAACGCGCUGCAUGACGUGUUCUGCACGCACCCGCCGGUCUUGACGCACGGCGACCUGCAGCGGAAGAACAUCAUGGUGAGAACCGGUCCUCAGGGGAAAGGGGACGUGACCAUCACGAUCCUGGAUUGGGAGAUUGCCGGUUGGUAUCCCAGCUACUGGGAGUACGCCCAGGCCAUCGUGGCCUGCGGAUUGUUCGAGGACAACUGGCACCAUUACGUCGAUAGGUUUCUAGACCCUUAUCGGAAUGAGUAUGCCUGGCUACACAUGCUACAGAAUGAAUUAUGGUGA